UAUGAUGCGUAAAAUCGCCUUCUUGCCUCUAUCUAGCCCAAUAGUCCGUCUUGCGGGUGAUGGGUCCGUCCCGCAACUGGGCGGUUAUGUUCUCGUUAUGCUUGGAAGGCUGUUUCAAGAUAGAUAUUUGUGUAAUGGAUGUAAAAGAAGCUUAAUAGGAGAGAAAUAUCAUGAAGAAUUCUCUUCUGAAUUCUGGAAAGGUAUAAUAAUACUAACUGGUUUUGCUUUCGUCUAA